AUGCUGCUAUGUUUUAGGCUUUGGAGUUUUGAUAAGAUGCUAUAAUUGAUGUUUUAGAUUAUUGCUAUAUUACAUUUAAUAUUUUUCUAGUUUUUUCAGAAUUAUAUAUAAUAGAAUAUUUUUUUUAUAGUAAUGGAGCGAAGUUCCUUCUUCCAAAAUUAAUAUUAAUAAUCUUAACAUAUGCUUGCAUCACCACCUAGAGGAGGAGUGAAUAAGGGAUAAAUUCUACCCUUAAAGUGCAGCUGCCCGCCUGACUGCUAAUGUAAAUCUGUCGAAAAAAGAGAAUGGCAUCAUAAGCCAUGCUCAGAAUAGUCAUACAUUAGUCAAUAUGGAGACAUAUUUUGUAGACAUCACCUAACAAAAUGCAAAGGGUAUUUUAUUAAAGAUGCUUCCUUUUAAUGUGCGGCUGCACAAUAAGCUAACACUUGGAAUUAAUAUAGAAAUGCUUCAUAAUUUUUGAUGGCAAUAGCAUAAGGGCUUCAAGCCGCCGAAAUUACUCUUGAUGCAAAUGAUUUGGUAAAUUUUGCCGCAUGUUUAAAUACAGAAGUAAUCAGGAGGUGGAAUUAAUGAUUUUAUUAAAUUUACCAUCGAAUGGAU